AUGGCGCUAAUAAAUGCUUAUCGAAGACGCAUAAAGCGAGUAAAUUCGCAGCCAUUAAACGGGCAUAAAACUCGAUGCCAGGGCCCCAAACGAAAAUUGCGGGGCCCGACAAAUCAAAGUACACAAGCCUGAGGAGUCCUUUUCCUUAUUUUUCCCCUAUUUCCUUGCCAUGAAAUAAAACCAGGCAACAAUGAAACCCAAAGCGGCUCCCAAGCGAUUUCGAUGCGGGCAUUCGACGGUCGGACCAAGGAAUCAGCCACUGCCACCCACAAAACACGAACGAGCAGAAACCCCAAAGCCCACACCAAACCCCAAGUGAACCUUCCUCCGGCAGGACCUCUUCCUCGACACUCGCUAUAUAACCAUCUUACCCAACGUUGA